AAACGAUAUAUCUCUCUGAUCAUGUUGUUGGUAUCAAUGGUCGUGUAAAUGCUAAGAAGCUGAUUGACCGAGUCGUAUCAACAUGCCCUCGUCUGUGUGGCCUUUUCCAGCUCUGAUUCGGGAGGCCGGGCUCAACCAGCUGCAAGCCGGCAGCGUCGCAGGGUUUCUCGACCGGCAGAAUAAACCACCUGCUGGGCGGUGCACUUCGGGGCCAGUGUUCACUGAACACAGACUGGCUGCCCUGUUCCCGGCUCUGCAGACUGCACAGGUGAAGCAGAUUGAGAAGAGGGACUCUGUGUUAACCUCCAAGCAGCAGAUCGAGAGGCUGCUCAGACCCGGGUCAUCCUACUUCAAUCUUAAUCCUUUUGAGGUGCUGCAAAUUGAUCCCGAGGCAACAGAUGAUGAAUUGAAGAAAAGAUUUCGGGCGUUGUCCAUUUUGGUUCAUCCAGACAAAAAUCAAGAUGAUCAAGUCAGAUCACAGAAAGCCUUUGAAGCUGUGGACAAGGCCUACAAACUGCUGCUGGAGCCGGAACAGAGGAAGAGAGCCUUGGAUGUGAUCCAUGCGGGACAGGAGUAUGUGGAGCACUACGUAAAGGAGAAAAAGAAACAGUUAAAGAAGGAUGGGAAGUCAUUGGAUAUGGAGGAGGACGACCCUGAAAUGUUCAAGCAAGCCGUGUACAAACAGACCAUGAAGCUCUUUGCAGAGCUGGAAAUCAAGAGGAAGGAAAGGGAAGCAAAGGACAUGCACGAAAGGAAAAGGGCGAGAGAGGAAGAAAUUGAGACGGCAGAGAAAGCAAAGCGGGACAGAGAAUGGCAGAAAAACUUUGAGGAAACACGAGAUGGGCGUGUGGACAGUUGGAGAACCUUCCAGGCCAAAGGCAAGAAGAGCAAGGAGAAAAAGAACCGGUCAUUCCUCAAGCCCCCCAAAGUCAAGAUGGAACAGAGGGAAUGAUGCUGUAAAGUGGGACUUUUAGGUUAAAACCCACCCUUAUAAAAACUCGAGUUCUGUGUGUCCUCAUCUCGUCGUCUGCAGUCCACUGUGAAGUCGUCAUCAGUCAUUGGGAUACUUGUCAUACGAAAAUUUCCUCAUCCUGACAAACGUAGUUUUGUACUUGGUUUUCUAAUGUACAUAUUUGUGGUCUGGGCCCAGAGAUCACACCUGCCUCAUGUAAGAAAGAAACAUGGAUCUUCCAUAAGCGAUGAAUAAUGUGGUUUGUGAUUGAUUGUUUUUGUUCUUUAUUUUUUUUAAUUAAAUAAAGCUUGGUGUUAAAGCCUUCCA